UCAGUCCUCUUUUACGCUCCUCCUCCAUAACCUCUCUCUCUCUCUCUCACACACACACACACACACACAACAGAUCGUUGUUCAACAGAAGACCGAUCUUUCUUUGAACCAGUUAAGCAGCAUUUUCACCAUUGAGUCAUGAUAUUGCCAGUUAUUGCUGCUCUGAGCAGCGGCGUCAUCAUGAAGAAGAUGAAGGUGAUGCAGGUCUUCUCUUCGCGUUUCAAAGAGCUGUGGGAAGAAUGGGAGCUCCGCGGUGUCAUCUUCCUCAGCCUCACCCUCCAAAUCCUGCUCAUUUGUAUGGGCAGUCGCCGCAAAUACAUCCACUUUGCCUGGUUCAGGGGGGUCGUUUGGCUGGCCUACCUAAUGGCCGAUGCGGUUGCGAUCUACGCACUCGGCAUAAUCACAAACAAGGUCACGAAGUUGAAAAGCCAAAGUGUGGACACGAAGACCCAGCUGAACGCAUUCUGGGCGCCAUUCCUCUUGUUACAUUUAGGAGGCCCCGACACCAUAACGGCAUAUGCCCUAGAAGACAAUGAGCUCUGGUUGAGGCAUUUGUUGUCACUAGUCACCCAAACUGGAGUAACAUUUUAUAUCUUCCUGAUGGCGUGGACCGGCAUGAGUAUGUCCAUCCUCGCCAUCGUGAUAAUUUUUGCCGGUCUCGUCAAGUAUGGCGAAAGGGUUUAUGUGCUCUGGACCGCCAGCAGCGAGCAGUUCAGGGACUCCAUCCCUGACCCGCCUCCUAAUUAUUCCAAGAUAUUGGAGCAACAUAAGUUGAUGGAGGCCGAAGGCUACGAUGUCAUAGCGCAUGAAGUGAUCGAGGUCCGUGAUGUGACUGUGGAAUACAAUGUGGAUGGUGCCGAUCUUUCAUGUUCAGAGGAAAGCCUUCAUGAUCUGGGGAAACUUUAUAAGCGUAAGCAAGGAGAAUUGCUUGCGGCCAGAGGCUUGGCAAACAUAUUCCAACGCCUUUUCGCAGAUCUCCUGCUGAGUUUAGAGGAUCGCGACACAAGUUGGUUGGUGCUCAAGGAUAAGAAUUUCCUUGCGGCCUUCAAGAUCAUCGAGAUUGAAUUGGGAAUUGUGUACAAUUUGCUCUACACGAAGGCCAAGGCCAUCCAUACUAGUUGGGGCUUCGCUCGUCGCAUAACCGGAUUGGUUUCGAUCUGCAUUGUGUUGGUACUCUUCAUCCUGAUCGAGGAUCAGCAUUACUCGGUAGCUGAUCUUUAUUUGACCUAUAUACUGCUAGCAGCGGCCAUAUUCCUGGAGAUCUAUGCUUUGGUGGUUCUUCUUUUCUCUGAUAAGACGGCUUGUUGGUUGAUUAAGGAAAAGAAAUUCGCUGUCUUGGAUUUCAUCAAUUGGUUGCAACCGCUUACUAAACGGCGCCGAUGGUCAGAUCACAUGGCUCAAUACAGCCUAUUGAGCUUUGCAAUCAAAGAGAAGCACCUUCCUUGCCAUCAAAUCCUCGAAUUUCUGCAGAUCGAUGAGAAGGUCGAGAAGCCCCUUUACAAGCAUCACAAGAAAGUGACCAACGAUCUAAAGAAACUUAUAAUGUCACAUAUCACAGGAAUGCAAUCCCCACAGACCACCAGAGGAAGCCAGGUGCUCGAAAACAACCAAAUGGAGAGUUUGAAAUGGAGCAUCGAGUUGGAGUUCGACCAAAGCAUCCUCAUUUGGCAUAUUGCGACCGAAUUGUUAUGCCACCCGAAUUCGAAAAACCCUGGUAACAAUGAACCACAGGUCAACGAAAACAAAUCAAUAUCCAAGAUCAGUAAGCGCUUGUCUCGGUACAUGUUGUAUAUCCUUGUCAUGUACCCCAUGAUGCUGCCAACCGGGAUCGGACGCAUCAAGUUUCAAGAAACCUAUGUCGAGGCCAUGAAAUUCUUCAAUGAGUUCCGCAAGCUGAACAAGCCCAAGCCCAUAGCAAGCGAGGACACAGACCAGAAGGCAGGAUUCUGUGCAAGUCCUGGGCAACAUAUCAAGAAUUUGAUGAAGCCCAAGCCCAAGCCGAUAGCAAGCGAGGACACAGACCACAAGGCAGGAUUCUGUGCAAGUCCUUGGCAACAUAUCAAGAAUUUUUUUUAUCGGAUGUCUUCGAAGAGACAACAUAUCAAGAAUUUGAUGAAGCGCAAAUUUGACUUAACUAUUGCCUACAACGAGCUGAGGGAUCAGGUGAAGACAAAUCUAAAUUUGACGGUCUCAAAGGGAGACCGGAGCAAGUAUGUGCUGUUCCACGGGUGUCAGCUCGCGUCGCAGCUGGACAAGAUCGAGAAACAAGAGGACAAGUGGAAGCUAAUAAGUGAGGUGUGGGUUGAGAUGUUGUGUUAUGCAGCGAGUAACUGUAAAGGGAGUUAUCACGCACAGCAACUGAGGAGAGGAGGAGAGCUUCUGACUCAUGUCUGGCUCAUGAUGGCUCAUUUUGGCUUGACUAAUCACUUCCAGAUUCCACACACCCCUGCUAUAGCUGAGCUGAUUAUGCAGUAGCACAACACUGCGUUUAUUUCAAGCAUUUAUUGUUAUUAAACAAACAGUUUAGCAUGCUGUUCUGUAUGGGAGAUGCCUAAUUAAAUGGGAGUUCCUUUGUGGAACUGUGAGGUUUUGUACAAUGUAAUUCAAUAAUUGUGAUUAAAUAUUUGUCAA